GCGCGCGAGGGUGUGGUGCUGUAAGUAUAGUUGGCUGAGUCGCCGUUGACAACGUCUGCGUCACGCUGGUUGAGGGCGAAGCAUGACGUGUCGCCUCUUUUUCUAAAAAUGACGCGGUGGCCCGCGGGAAGUGUUUUGCGCCGCGUCACGUCGCGUCAAUGAUUUCUCGCCCGUGGACGAAGCACUGCCGGUGUGGUUGUAUUCUGCAACUUAUUUGAAAGGUAACCUGUACGAGGAACCGUGGCCCCGAUGUGGCUACUCCUGGUAGCCGCCUCGGGCGUUGCCUUGCUCGUGUUCCGUUGGCUUCUGGAUAGAUCUCGGCAGCCGAGGCGUGGCGACGGAGAUCUUCCUCCCGGACCGCAGGGACUACCCCUCGUCGGCUACUCCUUGGGUCUCAAGCCCUUGGAACAGCUGGACGCCCUCACCGAGGAGUAUGGCCCCGUGUUCAUGUUCCGCCUCCUCGGUAAAGUCUACGUACACCUCGGCUCGUACUCGGCCAUCCGCGAAGCCUACGUCAAGCUUGGAGAUUGCUUCGUGGGCAGGCCACGUGAUUCCACGGCCAUGGGCUUCCUCCUGGAUCACCAAGGUAUCUCGGAGAGCGAAGGCCACGAGUGGACGGAACAUCGGCGCUUCGUGCUACACACACUGCGCGACUUCUGCUUCGGCAAGCUCAGCGUGCUCGACCGGGUCCAGGACGCAGCGCACAGACUCGUCGGGAGAGUGGCGGCCCAGUGCGGCCGGCCUUUCGACCCGGAGCCGCUGAUCUUCGAGGCCGUGGUCGCCACCAUGGCAGGCCUUCUAUUCGACGUCGACUACGAGGACGACGACGGCGUCGCAACCAAUGCAUCGUCUGCUCGCUGCGCGAACGACGCGCACGGCAAGGGCCGUGGGAACGACGGCGAGUCGCAGCAGAUGGAUGAAGCCCCGCCUGCAGACGACGCGACAAAAGCAGAAGACCGAGCCCCGGCUUUGGUCGAAGCAGAAGACGAAGCCGACUUGGCCCGUCUGGUCCGCCUGGUGGCGAAGGCGACGCCGCUGCUCAGCAAUGACGUCUUGCCGCAGCUGUGGACGUGCGCAUCUCCCGUGGAGCUGAGCCCGGGCUUCUCUGAGCUGCAGCGGCUCAAGCGCGAGCUGGACGAGUUCCUCGAGAGGAUGAUCGCCGAGCACGAGCCCAGCCUGGACGAGUCCCGGCUCAGGGACUACAUGGACGUCUACCUGGACGAGCGCCGCCGGGCCAUGGAGGAAGGCACGCUGCACAAGAGCACCUUCACCAUACACCGGCUCAAGACCAUCUGCGUGGACCUGCUGGUCUCUGGCACGGCCAGCAGCGCGGCGCAGCUGUGCUGGGCGCUCAAGCUGCUGGCGCGUCACCCCGGGUACCAGCGCCGGUGCCAGGACGAGAUGGACGCCGUGCUGGCCAGCGCCGACCAGCUGGGCUCCGUGUUCAGCAAGGACAACCUGCCGUUCACCGAGGCGUGCCUCCUCGAGAGCGCUCGCUUCGCCAGCGUGCACGUGGUCGCCGCGCCCAGGACGAACCUCGAGGAGGCGACCGUGUGCGGUUUCCGGGUUCCAGCCGGCAGCCGGGUGCUGGCCAACCUGUGGUUGGCGCACAGGGACCCCGGGUUCUGGCGGGAACCGCACCUGUUCGACCCGACCCGCUUCCUGGCCGAGGACGGCAGGCCCGAGAGAAAGGACGCCUUCCUGCCGUUCGGACUAGGCAAGCGCAUCUGCAUUGGAGAGUCGCUGGCCAAGACGCAGAUGUUCGUCUUUGUCACGGAACUGCUGAAGAGGUUCACGUUCACCGUUCCAGAGGAAUUCGCGACGCAAGACCUCAACUUCCGGCCUUGCCAGGGCACACUGAGGUUCGCGGAGCCGUUUCAUCUAGUCGCCACGCCCAAGGUUCUUUCUACUACUCUGUGAAAUAUUUCGACGAAAAUAUAUUUAUAUUCACGUGUUCACUGGUUCUUAAGAAA